UUAGAGGCAUUUUCAAUUCUUGCUGAGAAUUACAAGCAAUGACAGUGUUCAGUCUCUACUCUUCGUCUGUUCUGCUUUUCUAUCACUGUUGUUCAUGUCUAGAGGUGGCUGGAUAUCCACCUUACCCUGUGUACAUAGUUUAGCAAGGCGUAAUCAGCUUGGGAGUAGCUUCGUUGUCUAAAUCGCCAUGGCCUUGGCUCAAAGUCUUGUGAAAAUGGAAGAAGCUUCGACUGAUGCUGCUGAUGUAAAGAACGAGCCGGCUGAUCUGGAUGUAUGUUCCCCGACUAAUUCAUCAUCGUCAGCUAUUCCUGGGCGAGCAUCAGCAGGCCAGAGCUCGUCCAGUGCGGACGAAGAUGACGAAGAGGAGUUCUUACCCGAAUGUCGGGGUGACGAGUUUGCUGCAGCUGACACAAAGCCCAUCAUAGUCCAGAAGAAAAAGAGCAAGGCCUCCGGCGGCGGCUCUGAGCGGCGCAAACGGAAGCCGUCGGCAUCGCAGUCCCAGUGGAACAUGCUUGACACGGGUGACAGUGGUGUGGGUGCCCCGUCGCAACCGGCUCAGAAGCGUCGCCGCAUCGCCAAGCUCAAGGCGGAAGAGAGCCUGUCCGCCGACGUCCUGGAGGCGCGUCAAGAGGAAGAGGAGCGCAGGAAACGACUAAGCAAUCUCGGUGAUGAUGUGCUUUCACCAAAAGCAUCAUCACCGAGCGUAGGCGAUAGCGUUGCUACAACUACUACCGCUGCUACUGCUGCCACCGGAGAAGUAAAACGCUCCGAGCCGAGAAUAAUCGACUGUCGCAGCAAGCGCAAGCACGAGGUCAUCACGCUGGAUUCGGACAGCGACGACGAUGACGACUACAACGACGAUGGCGGCGGCAGUGGCGGUGGUGUGCUUUCCAGCGUUGCGGGCAGAGGUGGGCUGAACGCCACCGCUCCUGGCGCUGCUACUGCUGCCCUGUACAACAGCACCGACAGCACUGCAGUGCUGCUGCAGCCUCCCACGCUACCGCCCGCCUUGCUCAAGCAGCGGCCGCAGCACGUCAUCGAGAUUGAUGAUGACGACGACGAUGACUACGCUAAUGCGGCCAGCAGCAGCAGCGGCAAGUCUAGUGCCGCAGCAGCACCAAGGAUAUCACGUAGGACUGCCACUGGAGCAGUGCUGGUGAAUCCCAAGCGUGGGCAGGACGAGAAUGAGAUCUUCCUGGCGCCGCAGAUCUCCAGGGCCGUGAAAGAUCACCAGAUCGACGGUGUUCGCUUUCUGUUUGACAACCUGGUCGAGCGAGUAUCGGAGUACAGCAAGUCGCGUGGCUUCGGUUGCAUUCUCGCUCACAGCAUGGGCCUUGGUAAAACGUUACAGAUGAUCGCAUUCAUCGACGUAUUCCUGCGGCACACACCUGCACAGACGGUGCUCUGCAUCGUGCCAAUCAACACCCUGCAGAACUGGGUGGCAGAGUUCAACAAGUGGGCGCCCGCCAAGCCGAUCAAGCUGGCACCGCCGUCACCGUCACCGGCGGCAACAGCAGCCGCCACGGCGACAUCAUUAUUCCCCGCGGCGACGACGCCGUCGUCGGCUAUUCCAGCACCGAUCGCCGUGCCAAAGGUGGAGCCGAUAACGGAAGACGUGGAGGUGCCGUCGGAUGAGGAGGAUGGCGAAUCGCAAAUGUCGGCCCCCUCGCUGGCAGAUGGGUCGGAUGAGAAUAAGGUGCGCUACCGGUCCUACAACAUAUUCUGUCUGAACGAGGGCGACCGCUCGCUGUCCUCGCGCGCAGCCAAGAUCGGCGAGUGGAGUCAGACCGGCGGAGUGUUGCUGAUGGGGUAUGAGAUGUACCGCACUCUGUCCUCGCUAGAACCCUCCAUGGCGGGUCGUCAGAAGCUUGCCAAGCUGGAGAAUGGCCGUAGCAAGGGCAAGAAAAAAGUAGCUGCCUCUGCGUCAUCCUUCACCACCACCACUGGCACAGCUACCAUUGUAUCGACGUCAUCAUCAUCGUCGGGUGACGUUGAUUGCUGUGUAAUCGACGUCGACGAAGAGGACAGAAAGACUGAGUUGCUCAGAGGCUUGCAAGGAGCACUGAGUCGGCCCGGCCCUGAUCUGGUGGUGUGUGACGAGGGCCACCGCAUCAAGAACAACUCGGCGGCCGUCUCCCAGGCGCUGCAGCAGAUCCGGACCAAGCGUCGCGUCGUGCUCACCGGCUAUCCGCUGCAGAAUAACCUGGUCGAGUACUUCUGCAUGGUGGACUUUGUGCGGCCGCGCUACCUCGGAACGCAGAAGGACUUCAGCAACAUGUUUGAGCGGCCCAUUCUCAACGGCCAGUGCGUUGACAGCACUACCUCGGACAUCGUGCUGAUGCGCCAGCGCACGCACAUUCUCCAUACACUGCUGGAGGGCUUUGUUCAGAGACGCGAUCAGCGUAUCCUGACCAAGUCUCUGCCGACGAUACACGAGUGGGUGCUGUCAGUGCGCCUUUCGCCCGUGCAGACGCGUCUCUACGCUACCCUGGCUGAUCUACUGCAGUCGGAAGGCAACAACAGCGUCAACCCAAUCAAAGCCUUCUCCAUGUGCUGCAAGGUCUGGAACCACCCGGAUGUACUGCACUCGGUUGUCUCGGGCAAGAACUCUAAAUCGGGCAUUCUGGAUGACAUGGACGUCGAUCUAUCGUCAAGCGGCGGCUCGAAGACCAAGAAAGAUUCGGCGUACAUCACCUCAUGGGCACCGGCGUUCAAGAAAGUGUUUGGUGAGACGUAUGGUCCGGGCAGCGAGUCUCACGGUAGCAAGUUUGAGAUCCUGCUGCAGAUGAUUAACCUGUCCGUUCUCGCAGGCGACAAGCUGCUAGUGUUCAGCCAAAGUCUGACAACGUUAUCACUGCUUGAGGACUUUCUGUCGUGCUCUCAAAUUCCGGGCACUACGGAGAAAUGGAAGAAGAAUGUCUCCUACCUAAGACUAGAUGGGUCUACCCCGUCCGCCGAGAGGGAACGAAUGAUCAAUGCAUUCAAUCAUCCGGCCAGCACAAGAAUACGUCUGUUUCUCUUGUCCACUCGAGCUGGUUCAUUAGGUAUCAACCUUGUUGCAGCCAAUCGCGUGGUGAUUGUCGAUGUGUCCUGGAAUCCUUGUCACGACGCCCAGGCCAUAUGCAGAGUGUAUCGUUAUGGACAGAAGAAGCCAUGUUUCAUCUACCGUUUGGUGGCUGAUAACACUCUGGAAAAGAAGAUUUAUGAGAGACAGGUCACCAAGCAGGGAAUGUCAAAUCGUAUUGUGGAUGAGUUGCAUCCGGAACGUAAUGCCACGAGAGAAGUUAUGAACAGCAUGUAUCACACUAAGGAGGUUGAUCCGAAUGCAUCCAGCGACUUCACAGCAAUCAUGACCAACUAUCCGGAUUUCGUGCUGACAUCCAUUCUAGCAAACCACAGCAAGUUGCUUACCAAGGCACCAUUUGAGCACACCUCCUUGCUGGCAGAGGAUGAGAAAGAAAAGCUAACCGAGUUGCAGAAAAAGGAAGCUUUCGCAGCUUACGAGAAUGAGAAGUUGUGUGUCCAGCAGGGCCUGCCCACAUUCUCACCGUUUGCCGCUCAGAACCGAUUUGCCAGCCCGGUGAAACAGCAGCUCAGGAAUCCUGAACCAGCUAGAGAGGAGGAUCUAGUGAAGGCCUUGCUCAAGCACCCUCCUUCGCGUUUGCAUCCCAAUCAGCACAAUGCCGUGAUAGUUCGCACGCUGGUCGGCGAGGUGGCCUGUGAUCUGAAGAAAUGGCUGGACGCUCUGCAGUACAUCAUUGAUCACAUGCCGAAGGAUGGUGCCAAUCAGCAAACGCAACCGGCACCAGUGAACAGUACUCUUGCACAGGCAACACCUGCACAGCCGACUCUCACACAGCCACCUCCCGUGCAGCCAGGGGCUGCAUUGCCUACAGCGGGUAACACGCCGCCGUCGUUAUCUUCCACAACCGGUGUGCCUAGUUCGGCGAUGCCUGUGUUGCAAUCCGCCGCCACGGUGGCCACGAGCUCAUCCGCACGCGACGUGACACCGAUCGACAUAGUCAGUUCCGGCAGCGAUACAGGAUGCGCCUCGCCACCGCCACCACAGCCACCACCUGCAGCAACAUCUGCUCCUGUGCAUGCUGCCUCCGCCGUGAGCACAUCCAGCCGUGACGCAUCCUCAAUCGCCCCCAGUACUGGCAGUGCAGCAAGUCGUUCACCCGCCAGCACUGAUUCAACUACAACGGCCUCAUCCCAAGGGGUGGACGCUCCAGUGGGCGUAUCGACCGCCGCCGCAUCAUCAUCGUUAUCCAGCUCUGGCACAGGCACUGAAGGACCAUCGGCGGCAUCAUCAUCGUUGUCCAGCUCUGGUACAGGCACUGAAAGACUAUCGGCGUCAUCAUCAUCAUCAUCGACGACGACGAGCACCCAGGCAGUGGCUGCGGCAGCCGCUGCUAUCUCCGCCAUCGAUCUGCGUCAACACGUGCCCGCAGCCGAGUACACUCUGGCGUUGACCGCCGGUCGUCUUCCCGAGCUGGAGCGUCGCCUAGCCCUGGAGCUGGUUGCCAGCCGAGGUGAGCUCCUGGCCUCGCAGGUCCUUAUCGGCCGUCUAGAGGAAGGCAGUCGCGAGCAGGCACGUCAGCAAAGCCUGCUUAAGGAGCAGCAAGAGCGCAGGCAGCGCCUCGCCACUCUCCAGCAGCAGCACCGACAGCCGUUCCGACUCUCCGCCGCGUCCGUGACGAAGGCAGCAGCAUCGUCGUCGGCAACGGCGGCGACAGCGGGCGGUACGACUGACAGGUCAGCUGGCACGGGUGGCGUGGCUAGUGCUAGCAGAGCCCCGUCCUUCAUUCCGCUCACACUCAAUGCUGCUAAUUCAGCACAGGUAACAGCAAGAGCAGCGGCAGGAGGAGGAAGAUGUUCACCACAGCAGCAGCAACAGCCGCACUCUCAACAGCAUAUCCAGCUGCCGUCCAUUCUCAACCGUUCGCCGGCGCCCGGCGUUGCUUGUACUGCUGCUGUCGGUGGUGUCGGUGUCGGUAAAUCCACCGUGCACUCGCAGGUGUCUGCUGUUACACUGCAGGCGCGUAGUAAUCAAGCCGCCGCAGCGCCACGCCCUGUCCAGUGCGUAGCACCGUUGUCAGCUGGCAGUCGGCCUCCCGCCACCGCCAGCUCCGCUGCGUCAGCACCGUCUUCGGCAGAAACAGCUGCUGGCCAGGGUGCCGUGCACCGAGCGCCUACGCCUGGCCGGCUGGACAGUCCCAAUCUCCCGAGGCGUUCUCCUUCGUCGCAUAGCAUUGCCAGCACCGGCUCCAGCUCACACUCCGAAUCUACCGAAGAUGGCGAGGAGCGACAUGGACUCGUUGCUGAACAAGCGACCCGCGCGGACAGUAGCGAUGACGAUGAGCUGAUGAUAACAUUCUCGAAAGCAGCACCAGUUGCUUCAAACGCUGCUGCUUUGGCGUCAAAGCGUGUUGCCCCGCUGCAGACAGGCUUGGCGGACAAAGCGCGGCACAUGGUAAGCGGUGGCGUGGCGUCACGCGUAACUGCACCGGUAUCCAGCACGGUUAUGCCUGCACGACAGCUUUCUCAUCCCGCAGCUCAGCACUAUCACAGCACUACUACUGCACAUGCAUCAGCGCCGUCACCCAUCCCGGCACCACUGACAUUGUCAGCCGAAGCAAUGCGGCCAGGUGGAGCAGUGCGGCCAGGUGGAGCAGUGCACGGAGGUCGGGGAGCAAGCCCCGCGCACCGCACUGGCGCUAGCAACCACACCAGCAGCAGUAGCAGGUUGUCACCCGAUGUCAUGCAGAGAGGUAGGAAUGCCGCUACUCCAGGCGAUAGCAGCAGCAGCAGAGAUUCCCCUGCAGCACAUCCUGCAGCAGCACGGCCCACACCGCUAGCGCUGCCUCCACGCUCACCCUUGCCGCUCGCUCUGUCACCGUCGCUUCACUCCGCACCAAUGUUGCCUGCACGGAACGAUCUACUGGCGGUCUCGGGGCGCGUGUCUCCAUUCCGUCCUCUCAGUCCGCCAUCACAGCUGGGAAUUUGUGGAGCAUCGCCUAGGCAUUCACCAACGUUGUCGUCACCAUCACCGCUGCACACUGCUGGGCCUGCUAGUGGUGCUCCACCGCCGCGUGAUCAGUGGCGUCCGUCCGUGCGAGCAUCACCACCUCCCGUGCUGGGUCGUCCGCGGCGACCGUCUCCGCUGCACCACGAGCAUCAUGGCACACAUCACCGGCACAACGAACACCGUCACAGCGAUGGGCGCUACCAACGACACCAGCAGCAGGAGCAGCACCGUGAUCAGCAGCAAGAUUACCAUCAUCACCCUCACCACCGCCAUCACCAACACCAGCAGACACGCCCACGGCACUACGAUCAGCCACACCCUCACCGAUACCAACACCACCAGGACGAGCAGCCACACCACCAACAGCAGCAGCAGUCAUACCACCAAUACCACCACCAGGACCAGCACCACAGACACCAGCAAGACGGUGAGCAUCGUCAACACCAACACCACGAGCAGCCAUAUCACCAUGAGCAGCCAUAUCACCACGAGCAGCCAUACCAUCAUAACGACCAGCACAACGAGCAGCAGCAAGACGGUGAGCAGCACCAAUACCAUCACGACGACCACUACCAGCAGCCAUACCACCACCAGCAGCACCAGUUCCAGCAUCAAUAUCAGGACCUGCACGCUAACCGUGGCAACAGGCGAGACCACGCCGGAUGGCACUCGGCACCACCUUCACCUCAUGGCCCCAUGCACGAUGCAUCACCGUCACCUCACGAUGGCCGAGCAUCACCAGUCUCCUCUCAGCAGCACGUGCCAGCAGCUUCUCAACAUCACCCCAGUGCCGUCGCGGCUUCCACGGUGUCACCACCUGGCAAUGCCGAUGAUGCCUACAGACGUGCUCACACCAUAGCGCGUCUACUGCGGGCAGCGAACAGUCAGUCCACAGUCUCCGCGACUACUGCCGACGCCGCCGCGUCUCGUUCUCAUCAGCCUGAACCAGUGAACGCAACUGCACACAUCCCAAAGCUUGCACCCGCUGUUGCCACUGCAGGUGAUACUUCAGCGAUGCUGCCGAAUGCAUCCGCUACCAGCUACUAGGGUGGGCCAGGAUGGCCUGGAGAUUCUCUAGAUCGUUACCGCGCUCCCGUGUGUGUUCGCAUGUCUGUUGCUAGGAGGUCAGCUAUGCUACCUAGUGCAUCCACUGCUACGCGAUUGGACUAGGAUGGCUGGGAGAUUCCCUAGAUCGCAACCGCUCUACGCAUGUUCGCAUGUUUGUUGCUAGGAGGACUGGUUUCAGCGUCACAUGACCCGCUGGUAGGACUGGUUGCAGUGUCACAUGACCCGCCGAGAGGACUGGUUUCAGUGUCACAUGACCCGCCGGGAGGACUGGUUGCAGUGUCACAUGACCCGCCGGGAGGACUGGUUUCAGUGUCACAUGACCCGGCCACUGGUGCUCAUCCACAGCAAGCGCUUGUGCCCAUGUUGCACACGCACAUGCGUGCGCGUGCGUCUUAGUGUGCUAGCUCGCGUAGGCCAGCACAGAGAUCAUCAUCGUGUCUGGUGUGUGUCUUAGUGUUUUGGUCCGUAUAGGCCAGCGCAGAGAUCACCAAUCACGUCUUACUGCGUUGGUUGUGAAAGGCAGCGCACAUUGGGUCCUCCGUUUCAUAAAGACUAUAUCAAUUGUAUCACUGUGCUGCUGUGAUUUGAUGCGUUUCGUGUUCCCACGGCGCCCAGUAUCCAGCCUGGUGCAUACAUGACACUAGUCACUGUGUUCAGGAUCUAACCUGGUUUAAUACAUGUACAUGACAUUGCACUAGCUUGAUUUAGAACCCUCAUGCUGUGCUUGUACGUAAACUGCAAGCAGUUCUUCUUUUAAUAUUCACUUUUUUUUUAUCCAUCAUAUCAGAGCUAUGAAAGAAACAUACUUGCUGUGCUAAAUACAAAAGGUUUUCAUCCAAUUUUAUUCGGAGAGCAGAAAAUCAACAAUCAUGCUACCUUUCUUUCUUCUUCUCUCUUUUCGAAUCUGUUUUAAAAUUGA